ACAGUGUAAAGAAGACAUUCAGAACAUUCAUUAUGAUUUUUUCAGGGUCAUAUUGGAUUUAUCAUUUCCAGUUUUAUAGAUGCCAUUAUGUAGGACUGGAUUAUCUGGAGAAAAGAGCUGUAUUGUAUAAAGCAUAAAGAAAGAAUGCAUUAAUCAUAUACUACAAAAAUAAGUGAGUAAUUGCCUGCCAAACUGUUCAUCAUGGGAUGUGGGACAUCCUCGACUACCAGCAAUCACUCCAUGCGCAAGUCUAGAAAAGCUCACUCUCUCACACAAGCAGGUUCAGUGGCACCGGCUGGAACAGCUUUCAAAUCAGCAGUGUUAAUACAACGGUGGUACCGCCGCUAUGUUGCCCAGUUGGAAGUAAGGAGGAGGUGCACCUGGAGUAUCUUCCAAUCAAUAGAAUACACAGGAGAGCAGGACCAAAUCAAGCUUUAUGACUUUUUCAAUUUCCUAAUGGACCACUUUGCUCAAGACAACAGCAAGGAAAGGAAUUUCAUCUGCCGUAUGUUCACUGAAGAAGAAAACCUAAAAGACACUGAGCUAGAGAAAUACUGUGAUUAUGAAUCCAUUGAGGUGCCAGUGUCUUACACAGGUCCUCGACUGACAUUUCCUUUAAAGCCUAGCCAUGCAGCAGCCUUAGUGGAAGCUUUCAAACAGAAGCAACAGCUCCAUGCACAUUAUGUGUUACAUCUUUUACAUGAGACAAGGAAACAUCUCAAACUGCUGCCAAAUAUAAAACACGUCACAACCAGUUACAGCAAGGAGAUCACCAUAUGUGGAGACCUGCAUGGCAGACUGGAUGAUUUGUUCCUGAUAUUUUACAAGAAUGGUCUUCCAUCACCAGAGAAGCCUUACAUCUUCAAUGGAGACUUUGUAGACCGAGGAAAGCAGUCUAUAGAGAUCUUGAUGAUCCUUUUUGCAUUCUUACUGGUUUACCCCAAGGUUGUCCAUUUGAACAGAGGAAAUCAUGAAGACUAUAUGGUUAAUUUAAGGUAUGGGUUUACAAAGGAAAUAAUGAAAAAAUACAAGGUUCAUGGGAAGAAAAUCCUGAAAAUGCUACAAAAUGUUUUUGGCUGGCUUCCAUUAGCAACAAUUAUAGACCAAAAAAUACUGAUUACACAUGGAGGACUGUCCGAUUCUACAGACCUAGAGAUUUUAUCAAAGCUUGAACGACACAAGUUUGCAUCUACCUUACGGCCUCGAAAAAAGAAAGAAAAUGCUAACAAGACAGAGAAGAUAGAGGACAAGCCAGGUCAGGAAACAUAUACAAAUGGAGACAACAUCUUAUCAGUAGGGACAACUUGGCCUCCUCAACCAAGAAGUGGUUCAUUCUCAUGCAGUGCCACUCCAAGCCUUCUGCCUGCCUAUAAGGGCAAAAGAUCUGCUAGCAGCCCAACCACCAUAUCAGUUGACAAAAAGGAGAUUUCCAAACGAGUGCGGGAAGCUGUAGAUAAAGAGCUGGUAAAAUGCCGUAGACAAGUGGGUUUCACAGAGACCUAUUUAGAGCCUAUUAGUCCAUCAUCUGUGUCUGAGUCUGAAUCUGAUCCUGGAGAAACACAGGAAUAUGACAUGAAUAAUGAAGAAAGGAAGCAGAUUGUUGACAUUCUUUGGAGUGAUCCCAUGGCCCAAGAAGGGUGUAAAUCAAACAAUGUUCGAGGUGGGGGGUGCUAUUUUGGUCCAGACAUCACAGAAAAGAUUCUUCGAAAACAUGGGCUGCAAAUGUUAAUCAGAUCUCAUGAGUGUAAGCAGGAAGGAUAUGAGUUUUGUCACAAUGGAAAGGUGCUGACAAUAUUUUCAGCUUCAAAUUAUUAUGAAGUGGGAAGUAAUAAAGGGGCAUAUGUAAAGCUGGGUCCCGAUCUGGUUCCUCAUUUUGUGCAGUACCAAGCUAACAAAACUACAAACACCCUAACCUUGAGGCAAAGAGUGAGUACAGUGGAAGCAUCUGCACUGAGGGCCUUAAGGGAAAAGCUGUUUGCUCAUAAGUCAGAUCUCAUCUAUGAAUUCAAAAGAUAUGACACAAAUAAGUCUGGAAAUAUCACACUAAAUGACUGGGCAACUGCACUGGAGUCUGUCCUGAAUCUAGGCCUACCUUGGAGAAUGCUCAGGCCACAACUUGUCCGAAAUGCUACAGAUGGACUGUUGAGAUACAGAGAGUGGUUUGAUGAGCUUGCUGUGUGCCAACCAAUCAAAGAGAAUUUACAUUCAAGUCUUCUGGAAGCUCUCUAUAGAAAUAGAUCAGACUUGGAAACAAUAUUUCGAAUUAUUGAUAGUGAUAGCUCAGGACUAAUUUCAUUUGAGGAAUUCAAACACACAUGGAAGCUGCUAAGCUCUCACCUCAAUAUAGAGGUCAGUGAUGAAGCUAUCUGUAACCUGGCUAAGAGCAUGGACUUCAAUAAGGAUGGUAAUAUAGACAUCAAUGAGUUCCUGGAAGCUUUCCGUUUGGCUGACAGACCACAUAUUGAGGACAGAGAAUCCGAUUUUUGAUGGAUACCAGACAUACUGGACAGACAAAUACCUGCUGAGCGGUGACAAGUACAACAGAUAAUUCCCUACUCAUUUAUACUAUUGAGACUGUGACAAUUUUAUGAGGCAUCCCUCUUGUGUUAGGUUCUUAACUUUGGAUAUGAGAAGAGAGCCUCACAGUAUCAUGCCAUUUUAGAAAUACGUAAAUGCAUGUGUUUCUACCUGUUUAUCAAGGGCGGACUGGAAACUUAAAGUAGCCCUGUUUUGUAGUUGGGUUCAAAUAGAUGGAAGGCAGGGCCAGCAAUACCAUAUUGUGGCACAUUAUACCACCCCAACAGAGCCAAAUACCACAGUCCAUCACACAAUACUGCCAGAACAAAAUACAUCCCCAAAAACUGCCACUGGCUGGCCAUGAGGAGCCCCUGGGAAAUUCCUCUGCAAGGUCUAUGGCCAAUCCACCCCUGCUGUUUAUAACUGUACAGCUCAUAGAAUUGGGUAACAUUAAUAUACGCUAUAGUUAAUGAGUGCAAAACAGUGUUUCAGUGCACGGUAUGUCUAUUAGAACUUCAAGAGCACCUGUCCCCUCUUCAGACGUGUUAUUCCUCCUAGACAUUCAUAAAGAUUGCCAACUAGGUGUUAAUACAGAAGGGUCUCCCAAAUGGAAUCUCUCUUCUGUUAGAGCUAGAGAGAGCCCUCGACACAGCUUUAAGCUCUAGGGAGCCACAGGCCACCAUACGAGUCUAUACACACAGUGCCAAUGAGACAUAGUUCUUGCCAUGCGGGUGAGAACAUGGUAAAAAAAAAAUGCAUGUGGUUUUACUAGAAAUUGUUGCAGUUUGAGUGCUAAUGAGUGCUAGCAGCAUUACCAUGGCACCUCAACCACACUGACAGACCCCGAAAUUCAAAUAACAUUUGAUAAACUUGGUGGGUCUUUAACAUUUCAAUCUUCAGAUGUUACUCCACUUUCUAUGCCACUCCUUCACUGGAUAACAUUGUGACAACUUUUGUGACUUAAAAAAAAAAAAUCUCAGUUGAUAAAUCUGGCUUAAAUCAACUUGACAGGCUAACCACAACCACAGCCAUUUUUCCACCUUUUCAAAGCUGUAGUGAGUGGUGUAAAAAUAAAGAAAAUAUUCCUGCAAAUGAGCACAGAAUGUCACAAAGCCCUAUUUUAUUACAUUUUUUAAGACAGA